UCGACGAUACUCGGUGAUAUAUAAUUUGCGCGUUGAAUUUUCAAGUUCCUUAACCUUUCGAAUUAAUUAUGAAAAUCUUUAAACAGUACUAUCGAAUUAUAAUUAAUAAAUAGAGACUCUAAAUACUCUAUUUUUAUUGAACAAAUAUAAUAAUAAGAUUUCAGAACUGUGAGUAUAUCUAAGUGUUCACUUUGUUGGUAGCUUCUCUUUUAUGUCAACAUAAUUGACUGCCGACUGGAUCGCGUCCUAUGUUAAGAUAAAUCUUGUUAAAUAAUUUAUACGGUUAAAUAACCGUGUAAGUUGCAUUAUUAAAAUCAAAUAUAAUAAUAGACGUGCUAAUUUAUCGAUAAAUGAUCACACGUUUCACGUAAUGUUUAUUAUUCAUUUGACAUGGUGAAGUUAAAAAUGUGUAAACGAGUUUCUGUGUACAAAGUUUAAUUACAUAAAAUUACUUGAUAGUACAUCAUCUGUUUAUUAUAUUACUAGAAAAAAAUUCUACACACACAAAAGAAAAAGGACUCAAUAGUUUAUAAUGAUUCGGCUAUUUGCAAGUAAAUUAUCUUCAAAUCAACUAUAUUUUUGGAUGUUUAAAAAUGCCUGGUUGCGCAGCAGUUGGCUGCAAUAAUCGCAGUGAGAAAGGCUAUAUUAUGAAAUGUUUUCCUCGUGAUCCCAAAUUAAGAAAGAUUUGGCAAGAGCGUGUAGCUAGGGCAGAUUGGAAGCCUUCAAACAAUUCUUUUCUUUGUCAUGUACAUUUUGAACCACAAGAAUGGUCUAUUACACAAAGUGGUAGGAUAAGAUUAAAAAAAAAUGCUAUACCUUCUAUUUUCACUGUAACGUCGACUAGAAAGUCUCCAAAAAAACGUAAGAAAUUAAUUCAUACAAAAAAGGAAAAGGAUUGUCAAAGUAGUCAAAACAUGGAAUAUCUUGAAAUUGAUACAGAAUGUUCUUCAACUGGGAAUAUUGAAGGAAAAGAUUCUGAUUUUCAAGACACAGAUGAAAUUUCUCAAUCUUUGGCAUUUGAAACUCACGAUAAUGUUUAUCAAAUGACCAAAAUAAGGAAUAAUUAUAGUGAUCAUAUACAAGAUCAUGUGGCUGCUAACAAUGCUCAAGAUGGUAUAAUUCUAGUCUCGGAUGAAUGUAAUACAGAAACAGAUCAUUUUAUGAAAAAAAACAAUACUAUGUCGCAUAUAAAUGAAAGUGAUAAAAUUAGUGGCAACACUAAUGGUGACCAAGGCCUAGCACUAAACAAUAGUGAAAAUUUAUAUGUUAAAACAGAAGUUAAGUCUGAAAAUACAAGCGGCAAAUUUGAAGAUAAUUACGAUGAUAUAGAAGAAAAAUUGAAACAAAUCUGUGAUGGAAGAAGUAUGAAUGAUGAAGAUUAUUCAGAAAAUAAUAGAAUUAAUUGUAUCACUAAAAAACAAGAUGAUACAGAAAGAAAUACGGAAAUAAAUUUAAACGAUAUCAAUAAUAAAAUUCUUUCAGCAACAGGAAUGGAUUACAAAGAACCUAUAAAGCAUGAAAUAGGUGAUAUUCUUAUUGAUAAUAGAGAAAAUGUUGAAAUCAUUUUUGGUACUGAAAGUGGAGAUGAAAAGGUGGAUAAUUCUCAGUCCGUUUCAUGCAUUAAUAAUUCAUUUACAAAUCCUCAUGAAAUUACAGAUUCUGUAUUAAAUGUGGAUGGUAUUCUUUGUAUCAAAGAAGAGAAAAAAGUCUAUAAUGAAGAUAUUGAGGAAAAUUUUGGUAAGGAUGAAGUACAUGUUAUACCAAAUAUGAGAGCAGCCAUGAAACGUAAAAGAAGAACUAGAGAAGAGAUAAUGAAGUCCAUAAAAAAAUCAAUUGGUAGUACAUCCGAACAAGAUAUCAACUUUACACAUAACAGUGAUAUUUCAGAUAACAAUACAGAUAAACAUACAGGGAUUGAUAUGAAAACCAAUGACAAAAGAAAUACAAAAACUAACAAUAAUCAUGGACAAAUGGAAAAAACAGAAUUUACGAUUAAAAUAACUGGUGAUCCUAAUGAUGUAUGUGAUAUUGUUCAAGAGCUAACUACACAAGAUAAUGCAAAUCAUAAUUUUCAAGAAGUUCAUAAUUCUUGUGAAAAGCACGAUCAUAGAACUAUAGUUACAUCUGUUAUAAAGCUGAAAGAUUAUCCUAUAAAUUUACAUAACAUUACAAAAGAAUUAUGUAACAAUCACGAAGAUCUUACAAUAAAAAAUAAAGAUUGCUUUUUACGAAGAAACCCUGUAUCCACUAAUAAUACUGAAACAGUUAAUCUGAAAAUAGAAUCGGUUAGUGGUUCUCAGAAAAAUAAUCUUUCUACAAAUUCUACACCAUUAGAGAAAAAGAUAUUUAAUUUAUGUAAUAGUUCUCAAACAAUCAAUUAUAGUACUAAUAAAAUGGAACAAUUAGGAAAAUUAACUGCACAUGACAUAUCUUGUGAAUAUGAGUUGCUGCAGCAGAGAUCAAAAAUGCAAGAAGAAGUAAUUCAGAAAUUAACUAAUCGAUUAAUUGUAUUUAAAGGAAUGGAAAAUAAUUUAAGGAAACAAAGUAAAUUGUUACAAAAUAAAACAAAGGAGGUUGAAAUGUUAACAAAUAAAUUAAAUACAAGAGCAGUAUCUACACAGUCAUUAAUUAGUAAUAAAAAAAGUUUAGAAUCAAAACAGAGAUUAAUUGAAGAUUUAUCAAAUAGGGUGAAUUAUUUGGAGGUAGUUAAUAAGAAAUUAAUGAAAACUAUGACAUUAGAAUCUCAACAAAAAAGAAAAUUAGAAGGACACAUCAAACAAAAAGAUGAUCAGAUAAAAGAAUUGAAUUGGAAGUUAGAAAAAGCCUCUAAAUAUCUUGAAAGGGCAGAAAAAAAUACGAAUACUUAUAGAAGAAAGAUGUUAAAUAUGCAAACAGUGAUGAGGAGAAAAAAGUUAUUAGAUGAAAAAAUGAGUUGGUUCAAUGAAUUGCUAAUUGAUAGUGGUAAAGGAGAAUUUUCAGAAAAAAUUUUAAAAACAGCUGUGACAAUUAGGAAAGAUUGUGGAAAGGAUGGUUAUAUUAAAUUGAUUGACUAUGGCUUUCCUUUACCUCCAUUAACAGCUUUAAAAAAAUUUCUUAAUACUAAUUUGUCAGAAGGGCAAAGCAAUGAUGAAACAAAUCAAGAUAUUAAAAAGAAACCAUUAAUAAAAGAUGUACAACGUUUAAAUAAUGAAACAGAAGUAGAUAUAAAAGAUACCAAUAUACUGGAAUCAGAUAAUAAACCAACAGAUUUAAAUACUACAGAAACAAUAACUGGAACAGUUCAAGAUAUUUUUAAUGAAAAUAAUGAUGGUGAUGACUUUACUUCGCAUGAACUUAAGAAACAUUUUAUGGAACAAUUGAGUGCUGUCAUGUAGCC